AUGGACAAUGCGGCAGGCGGUAUGGCCAGACAUCCUUUCCACGGACGUCGCCGUUUGCGUAUUGGAGCUUUAACUCUGGGAGCUUUUCUGACUAUGCAUUGUCGAAUCGCAGCCGCUGCGCUUACAGGCGGAUUUUUUGUUUUCAUGUUCUUCCUAAUACUGGCGGUGGCGUUGCUGGCAAAUCCUUUGCGCCACUUUGAGGUGUACCUCGGCCAGUGGAGCAUCAGUGGACCGGGGCGAGCUUUUCGAAUCAUACCAAUGUUAGACGGUAUCGGUAUAGCAAUAUGCAUUAACGCAAUUGUAAAGGCGAUCACGUGUUGCACUAUUGCGGCGAUAGCGGUACUGUAUGUUGUGCACUCUGUUAAAGAUGAUAAACUACCUUUUACACAUUGCAGAGAUUUCGAUUUAAAACCUUAUGACCCAGUUUUUAAAGACUUUAAAACUAUGUUAGCAAAGCCAAGGGCAGAAAUAGAGUCGAGGCUGACUACAGUUGGUUUUCAUGAUCGUGCUUGGCGAAACUAUACGUAUCAAAGUGAGAAAAUUGCUAGAAGGCGUAAACUGCAGCAAAUACCAACAUGUAAAGAAACAUAUAAUGGCAGUUAUCCCACGUGGUAUAAUACGCCAGCGUAUAAUUUUUUCUACGUAGAAAUCCUUUCGCUGCGAUCAGACUUCAGCUUCUCAAAAUUAAAUGUGCCCUUAGCGCUUUGUAUUAUUUUAAUUUGGGCUGUGCUCUGGGUCCUGAUGGUUAUAGAGCGUUUUAAUUAUGGAAGGAUGGUCUGGAAUAAUAUCCACGUAUGGCUGAUAGCUGUGCCUUGGUUAUGGGUCACACUAUUGUUGAUCACCGCAAUAGCAAAUGUAACUACCAUUAACAAAAGCUUUGGUAAAUACUUUCGAACUAGUACAAUGGAAGCAGUUGUUAUUUUAUCUGACGCUGUUGAAUGUGCCCUUUAUAUACAUUCGGCAAGUUCGGGCACUGAACUUAUUCACGGCAAAGGGUUGAACCAUUACGCGUCUGGGCAUAUAGACCCCCAUUUAAACAGUGAGAACGUGUUACACUCUGGUUUAAUGCUUUUGUUGACUGCUCUGCACACUGGCGCUGCGUCUCUCUGCGCGUUUGUUGACUGCGCGCAUGCGAAUUCAAAUCAUGUCUACAACAAGUAUGAGAGUACCUUGUGGAUUAUACCUUUAUAUUCAAAGUGUACAUUAGUUGGAAAUUAUAAACACCUCUUGUCAACUUUAUUGUUCAGUGGAUUAACGUUUUCUUAUAUGACGGCUGCCUUUAUAUUGUUGAAGACUGCUGUUCAUACAAUAUUUGAAUAUAGAGUAAAAUUAGUUUUCAGGGAGCAAGCCGUUAUUGCAGGGUUGAUGUUAUCUUGUAUGGCGUUAAGUCUAGUCUUAGCCACCAAUGGUGGCGUGGUGUUAUUGGAAAGCGUGGAUUCUAUUAUGUCCGGUUUGUCGAUGCCGUACGUGUGUCUGCUCGAGCUGGUGGGCUUGUUGUAUGUGUACCGCGGACAAGACUUUGUUUCCGAUGUACAUAUCGCCACAGAAGACAAUACAUGCUCCACAAGGAUCGGCACUCAGUGGCAAAUAAUACCUUUUAUCACAGUUGUCGUUCUUAUAUUGAAAAUGACCGUGUUCAAGCACUGCGAGCUGCCGAAACGUUUCAUGUAUAUGGCGCUAGCGCCGUUGGCGGCUGUUUUGAUUUCUGUGCCGGUGCGUGCUUGCUGCAAUGCAUACUCGUUCAUGCGACAAGUGUGGCUCCGAAGGAAGGGA